AUGGUCUAUGGGAAAAAUUGUCACUUACCCGUGGAAUUGGAGCAUAAGGCAUUUUGGGCGUUGAAAUUACUUAACUUUGAUCCUAAGGCAAGUGGUGAAAAGAGGAAGUUACAAUUGCUUGAGAUGGAAGAAUUGCGUUUACAAGCUUAUGAAUCCAACAAGAUCUACAAGGAAAAAGUGAAAGGAUAUCAUGACAAAAAUAUUGUUGAGAAGGAAUUCAAGGAGGGUCAAAUGGUGCUUUUGUUCAAUUCAAGAUUGAAGUUGUUUCCGGGCAAGUUAAAAUCAAAGUGGUCGGGUCUGUUCCGAAUCAAGGAAGUAAAAGAAUAUGGAGCGGUUGUGCUUGAAAAUCCGACAACAAAUGAAAGUUGGAUAGUGAAUGGCCAAAGACUCAAAUCGUACCUUGGUGGUGAAGUCGAUCGAAGUUCGGAAGCCGUUCCGUUUUUUUAUCCGUAA